UUGUCUUCUGUCGGAUUUAUAAUAUCGUCCAUCUGUGCAGCUAAUUCUAACCCAAUUUCUCUCGGCCAUGGAUUCACCAGGACAGAUCAACAGUCCUACUACUACUACUACUACUACUAAUUCUAAUUCUGACUCCUCUUGUUUUUUCUGCAACGUGAAAGAGCCAGACCCAUCUCUGAGAAGACCUAAAAUUGCUCAAUUCUUCAAACAAAUCCCUAUCAGAGACGACCCAGAACUUGUCUUGGUCUUAAGCGGACUCUGGAACAUCGCCAUGAUUAACCCCGACGACUCUGAAUUCCCAUCUCUCGGCAUCUUCGACUCCAUGGCUAAACUCAUCCACAGAGGCGUCGACAACAAGAAAUGGCUUCGCAGAGAUCAGAAUAUUUAUAUUCCCUACUACGCAGCCCAUAUAAUCGGUUCUUAUACCAUGAACAAAUCUCAGUUAGCAGAAAAAGCUGUCGAGUCGGGAGUGGUUUUGGCCUUGAUGGAGCUUUUGAGAGGUAAAAUCAGCUGGGUUGAGCAGCGAGUUGCGGUUCGAGCACUGGGUCACCUUGCCAGCCAUGAGAAAACUUUUGAAGCUGUUGCUGUAUAUGAAGCAGAGCUUGUGAAACUAGCCAUGGAGAUUUCUUGCAGUUGUCUUGACGUGGUUUAUGAAAAGUUCAUCAGAGUGGAAUAUGGAAAAAGAUCGAAGUAUCACUGUGAUUUGCUCACGAGAGGACUCGGCGGUGUCGAGACAGAGAAUAAAAAGGCGGAAGAAUGGGCGAGCCAGCUUCAGUGUUGGUCUUUGUAUCUUCUAAAUUGUUUUGCAUGUAAGGAAAUGUCUCUUGAUCUUCUUUGCAACAAAGACUUUCUCAAAGUUUUGAGUGGAAUCUGGGGUGGAUUGGUAAAUAGAGCUUCACCCGGUGGAAUUGGACUGAUAAAAACCCUGUGUUGCACCAAAAUCGGAAGAGAAAAAAUUGCAGAUUUGAGAGAAGUCGUGGAUAGUCUCUGUAAUCUUUCAAGGUCUUCAGACGAUUGGCGGGAAAUCGCCAUUGAUUGUCUUCUGUUACUUCUUAAAGACCCAGAAACCAGAUUCCAAGUCAUGGAUACUGCAGCUUUGUUUCUCGUUGAUUUGGUCGAACUCGGAAAUCUUGGAGAUAAAAUCACGCAGGUUAUGUUACAGGACUUCCAUAAAAUAAGGUACGGUGACCUGAGGUUGAAGAACAAGGAAGCUGAGAAAGCAGUGAAAGAGAUAUGGGAUUUGAAGGUGGAGAGAAGAAGAAGAGAGAAUCUAAUGUCCGAUCGAGAGCUUAAAGAAAGAGAAUCCAUGGCGGGUGUUUUGAAACAGGAAGGAAACCAGAAGUUCUGGCCAGGUUACGUUGAAAAUUCUUUGGAAAUAUAUUCAGAGGCAUUGGAGUUAUGCACAGUGAAGAUGAGAAAAGAGAGAAUUGUUCUGCACAGCAAUAGAGCCCAGUGUUAUUUGCUGCUGAGAAAACCAGAGGCCGCCAUCAGCGACACAACGAGAGCUCUGUGUUUGUCAAGUUCAGGGCGUCCUCACGGUAAGAGCCUGUGGAGACGAUCGCAGGCUUAUGCCAUGAAAGGGUUUUCCAGAGAAAGCCUGAUGGAUUGCAUAGCGUUCAUCAAUGCACGAAUGAAGUCCGUGGAGAAGAAGAGAGUCAGGAUUCCAUACUACGCGGUGCAGAUGAUCAACAAGCAAAUGAAUGCCACGUGGCUGUUUGCAGCUGCAGAAUCUAAAAACUGCAGCAAAGAGAAAGUUGAAAAAUCUAAGAGAAAAAAACCACAGAAUCAAAAUCAAUUACCACGUAAUAGUUGUUUACAUGAAUAAGAACUUCCUGAUCUAACGAGCGAAAGUUUUACAUCUUAUAAAUUUAAUCUCU